AUGGCUUCCAAGCCUUCACCGCUCCUCGCCCUCCCCUCUGAACUUGUCCAUCACAUAUUAUCUCAUCUUGACCUAUACGAUCUUCUCUCUAUAUCCCUCGUCUGUCAUGCCCUGCACUCUCACUCCACGCAAGAUAUUCUCUGGCAAGCAUUCGUCCACGCCCAAUCCCCGUCUAUAAUCUGCCCGGCAUCCCUAACAUGGCGCCAACUGUACAGCCAACAUCAUCCCUACUGGUUUCUUGUUCGCCAAAAACUCUGGUUCGCCGACACGCCUCACACGGGAAAACUUAUAGUGGCACGCUACGACCAUCGGCUCAACUCAAUAGAAGCCUAUGCACUGGUUGCUGAGCGUCGCCAACCGACAUUUCAGACGUGGGAGUAUAAUCCUGAUGCCAUUAUCCACACAUUCAACCCGCGUGUGCAACUAGAUCUCAACAGCGCUGUUGUACGUCUCAACCUUUCUGCCUAUGCUGCCGCGAUCGGAAACAUGGGCGUGAAACUGCAAAAGGAAAUCCCAAUGGACACUUCGAGUUCCACAAGCGAUGGCUUCAGUCGGCAAAGUGCGAAUAUUUACUCCAGGCUUAUACUUACGCGGCCCUGGCCCCCAGCUAUAACAAGCGAAGCAACACCCGUCUGGCCUCCGCUUACCCUCCCCAGUGCCCAGCGAACUCGCAAUGACCCGCCACCCUCGGGAUUCACCCAGCCCGGGCAAAAGCCGAAUUCCUUCAGUGCCCUCUCCACGUCCACAUUUCGUAUACGCCGCUGGAUGGAGUUCUCAACCCGGCCCUUGGGCGUGAGCAUGCGAAUCGGCGAGGACAUCACAACGUUUGCUACUCUCCCUCCUUCGGUGUACACACCUACCGCCCAGAAACCCUGGCAAGGCAUUUGGUGCGGUGAUUACGCAGGUCAUGGAUGCGAGUUCCUCGUCGUUAUGCAGCCUGAUGAUCCGCAUCCUUUACCAGAGCGUGCGGAAUGGGCGUUGCGCGCACGUGAGCGUGACGGCAGCGUGAGUAGUGGGGAAAGCUGGAGCACUGCGCCAACGGAUGCAGAUACUGAUGCAGACUCUGCUUAUUCUGAUCAAGAUCCAGAGCUGGAGGAUGGUGAGCAGAGUGCAAGCGAUUUGGAAGACAGUGUUAUGACGCUGCAUGGAGAUCUUCAAAGGGCGUCGUCGACUGGGGCUGGCCCUGUAGAUUCUAGUGCUGCCGGGCAGGAAGACGAGAGUAUCUAUCGCGGGCGCAUCGAGGCGGUCAAGCUAACGGGUGACCCGAAUAUUCCGCGUGGAGAAUACACUUUCAUUGCACCAGAUAUCGGCCCAGCCGGUUUGUUGCGUGUGGCGAGGGAGGAUAUCUUCAAGGGAGCGAGGAUCGUCAAGAGCGUGGGACAUAUUGCGGCUAGGGGUUUUAGAGAUGAUAACUACAUCACCUCGCAGCUUAUUUUGAUUUCACAUGAUCGAUUGGCGCAGUACUGGGAGACAUUUGGACAUGUCUCAUUUUAUCAGCGUGUCAAAAUUGAUGCAUUUACAAAGGUAUGA